CGUUCGGUUGUCGCGAGGAGUAGCAUCCGCAUCCGCACCCGCGUCCGCAUCCGCAUCCGUUUCUGUUUCUGUUUUCGCCUACACUUGGAGUGAAGUGUCGUACCUGGCGUGCCGGGACCCGGUGCUGAUUGCGCUGAAGAGUAGCUAGCGCAGUAUCUUCGAUUCCCGUGGCAGGGUCUGAGUCGCUGGUUGUUGUUCCUAAUCAACCUCCGGGAGUGUUUACUAUCCAUGCACCUCAACCACGCAGCCGAGUGGCUGGUUCUGUGUCGGCGUCUCUGUGUCUGCCGCGUAGUCCCCUAAUUUAGUUAUGUUGCAAAAACGGAGAACGGGAGAAGCAAACAUGAAUCCGUUGUUUCGUUGGCUCGCCACUCUAUUUAUAAAUUGAUUUGCUGAUUCCGGCUGACAACUGACGCCCCAUCUGCUUCGCAACUGCAGCACCACGUUCGGCAUCCAGAUUUUGCCCCGUUUAAAUAAAAGCCCAAUCCCAAUUAAGCUGCAUUGUUUUGGAAAUUGUACAAAAGCAUUUUGAGCCGUUUUCUUUCGCAAUUGAAAGCGUUUAAGAAAGUGAUAUCAAUCCGGCACAAUGUGGAACAAUUUGGAUGCAUUUUCUUUUAUUCUUUAUGCGGUUCUGGGAUGCCUCCUUGCCUCAACUGUAGCUUUAACCACUAGCACUGGAGGCGAUGGCAACGUCGGCAACAUCGGAGGAUCUACCCUUAAUAAUGUCAUCAGCGAAGAUCCCGAAUUCACAGAUGUUAUCGAAAAUAUUACUGUUCCCGCAGGACGUAACGUAAAAUUGGCUUGUUCUGUCAAGAACCUUGGCUCCUAUAAGGUCGCGUGGAUGCACUUCGAGCAGUCGGCCAUUCUCACUGUACAUAACCACGUGAUAACGCGCAAUCCCAGAAUUAGUGUCACCCACGAUAAGCACGACAAACACCGCACCUGGUUCCUGCAUAUCAACAAUGUCCAGGAGGAGGACAGGGGUCGAUACAUGUGCCAGAUUAAUACGGUUACGGCCAAGACCCAAUAUGGAUUUGUCAAAGUGGUUGUGCCGCCCAACAUAGACGACGCCCUCACAUCCAGUGACAUCAUCGUUCGCGAAGGCGAUAACGUGACUCUGCGUUGCAAGGCGAAAGGCAGCCCCGAACCGACCAUCAAGUGGAAGCGCGACGAUGGCAAUAAAAUAGUGAUCAACAAGACGCUUGAAGUACACGACCUGGAGACGGACUCCCUUGACCUGGAGAGGAUUUCGCGCCUGCACAUGGGCGCCUACCUGUGCAUUGCCUCGAAUGGAGUGCCGCCCAGCGUGUCGAAGCGGAUCAAGGUCAGCGUGGACUUCUCGCCAAUGGUUUGGAUACCCCACCAACUAGUGGGCAUCCCAAUGGGCUUCAACACCACCCUCGAAUGCUUUAUAGAGGCGAACCCGACCUCGCUUAACUACUGGACUCGCGAAAAUGACCAAAUGAUCACCGAGUCACCUAAGUACAAAACCGAAACGAUUCCGGGCCAUCCGUCGUACAAGGCCACCAUGCGACUGACAAUUGUCAACGUUCAGAGCAGCGAUUACGGCAACUACAAGUGCGUCGCCAAAAAUCCCCGUGGCGACAUGGACGGCAACAUAAAGCUCUACAUGUCGAAUCCGCCGACGACCCAACCGCCACCCACAACCACAACGCUGCGACGAACGACGACGACGCCAGCUGCAGUCGUGCCGAACGGACCCCCCAACACCCCGAUUGGAGUGGACGGCGAAGGACCAACUGGCUCGGGGAUCGGAAGCGACAACUUGCGCAAUAAGUAUCAGUCCAGUCUGAACGAGAUCGACAAGACGAAGCAGAAGCUGACGGGCAGCAGCCUCAAGGGCUACGACUGGGCUAAGGGAAGGAACACCGGGGUUCUUGGCCCAAUCGCCGCCCCCCGCCCGCUGCUCACCUGCUGGCUCCUCACGCUCCUCCCACUGCUGGCGGCAAAGACGUGUGGUUAGUAAGUUAAGGAAACAGAUCGUCGAACUCACAUCUUAUUAAUAAAGUGCCAUUAGAAACAAUAGGAGUGGGGUCGAACAGAGGGGCAGUCGGCAGCCACAACAACAUAUAUUAAAUUACCAUAGCGACUGCAAACGCUAACGUGUCAGACUUUUACUUUUAACCAUGGUCCACUAAUGUUUGAACUCGGUCGGUGCAACAAUCUACUGUUUUGAGGGUAAACAAAGCCGCCAUCAAAUUAACCUUCAUAAUUAUUUACAGUGAGGUUGAUGCGCUCAGUCGACCUGUUCGAAUGAUUUUUUAUGGUUGGUUCAAAAACUGUUCGUUUAUGUUAACUGUGAAAGGAAUGCGAAAAACGUUGCGAAAAUUGUAAUAGAUUUUUGAACCGAAUGCCCAUUUAAACCAAAUACACAUAAAUCCUGGUUAGUUAGUUAACAAAAUUAUUUAAUUAAAGUAAAUAAGGGGAAAAAUAUACAUUUCAAAUGAUGCCAAAUUGUUAUAAAAUAAGCACGCAUACACUUGCAAACAAACUGUAAAUAAACACGUACUCGUAUAUUGCAUGGAAAAUGCCAAAUGCAGCUGUAAAUUAUGUACUCGUUAUAGGCAUAAGAAAUUGAUGUUCAUUUGUACGAGAGUAUACAUUCAACGAUUUAUAAAAUAGAUAUUUAGAAGGAAAAGUCAAGGCUUAAAUAAUCCCUCAAUACAAACAGGCAGGCAGGUAAAAUGCAUUAAUCAAAAAACAUUUACAUGAUACUUACAAAAUAACCCCGAAACAAAUGACCACUGUUUAUACAUAACUUAGUUAAUUGCUGAGUUAAACGCGGUUCACACUUGAAGCAUGAUUAUAUUGCCUCAACCGAAAAUCUUAAGUCCCCAUUAGUACCCAUACAGUAACAUAUUUAAAUACGUACAUAUAUCAUAGGCCUUAGUUUGUGUUUCUUAACGAUAAGAGUGAUAAUGUAUAUUAAUGAACGUGGUCCCUGACGGAACACACUGGCGCGGCGAAAGAAAUAAAUAAAAUAU